AGGCAUGGACCAGUGCGUCAACGGCUGUUGCCUCACACGUACCGCUCUCUCUCCUCUCCAAAUUGUAGUCAACCAGCUAUACCGGGCUGAGGCUAUCUUCCGACGAUCUAAGUGUAUCGCCGCUGCUUCUGCUGAACGCCCGGCGAUCUCGCAGAGCUGCGGUUGUCGCGGGAGUGAGUUUUUGGACGGUUUUUCGUUGUUUUUGCCCGAAGAGUCUGUGGAAGGAAGAGGUGCGACGAGAAUUCAAACAUGAGACAAGCCUGGCGCUCUCCAAAGAAGUCACCGAAAAAUCCCGCACGAUGAGGAGCAUCAUUUCCAAGAACUUCGAAUACCACCUGCCCAUCAUCGAGCAGGAAUCGCGAUUUUCAUGCAGAAGAGAGAACCUCAUGCCGUGAAUACGCAGUGACUGUAGUCUAAUCAAACCCAGUGGCAACGAUCACUCAAACGACACCACAAAAUCUCAAAAACCAACCGUGACAAAUCCCCCCUAUAAAAAACUCAACAGUGCUUAAAAAAACUAACGGAAGCCUCACACAGCCAAGCAUCAUAAUGAGCCUCUGACCGAGCGGCUCUUAGGCCGUCUAUGGAUAUAUUCGGCCGGUGCAACGGCGGCGCCGGCCUCGGUGUUAACUCGGUGCCGGCCACCGCGGCAGUAGUAGCCCAGAGCGCGACGACAAGAUCGGCGAACAACCUGGCCGGGCCAGUGGUCGGUCCCGAGCACGCCUCGACGGUGGGCAACACCGGAGGCGGCGGCAACGGCAACAACAACGGCCCAGCAGCUCCUGCCGAAGCUGCGACCAGCCAGUCCAGGAUGCAGUUGACCGGAGCAUCGGCACCGGGUAACGCCGCUUCGCCCGAAAGCGGCGUUUCGCCUCUCGCUGAUGCUUACACCAAGAUGACCAGUGAUAUCUUCGCCGAGAGGACGCUCGGCGAUUACAUGAGCGAGCAUCCUGGGGAACUUGUCAGGACGGGUUCUCCACACCUCGUGUGCACGGUACUACCAGCCCACUGGAGGUCGAACAAGACCCUCCCGGUGGCGUUCAAAGUCGUGGCCUUGGGCGAAGUGGGUGACGGCACGGUGGUCACCGUGCGAGCGGGCAACGACGAGAACUGCUGCGCGGAAUUGCGAAACUCCACGGCUCUCAUGAAGAACCAGGUGGCCAAAUUCAACGACCUGAGGUUUGUUGGCAGAAGCGGCAGAGGCAAAAGCUUUACGCUGACGAUAACGGUGUCGACGACGCCGCCUCAGGUCGCCACCUACGCCAAAGCCAUCAAGGUAACGGUUGACGGGCCGCGCGAGCCCCGAUCCAAGACCAGUGAGUAUCACUUGCUGACUUUUCUAGGGCAGCAGCAGCCGUUCCAUCCGUUCGCCUUUGCGUCGCAACGUGGCGGUCCGUUCUUCGCCUCGCCGCUUGUGGACCCUCUGCAACCGCUGCCCAAUCCUCUCCAGUCGCUGCCCAACCCUUUACAGCCGAGGGACCCGCUGUCGUCGUUUCGUCAUGCUAUGCCUGGAAACUGUCAGAACAUGUCACAGUUCGGUCUGACGGCUGGCAACUCCUGGAGCUACGGAAGCACGGCAGGUUACGCGGGUUACCUUCCAGGUCCGUUGUCCUCAUGCGCGGCUCAGACGCCGUUCGCAGCGCCACCACCACCACCGCCGCCACCACCGACCGGUAUCUCGUCCACGGGGUCGGCUCUGACGAGCUUCACCGGCGGUACAGCGAUGAACAACACACCCGCAGCGCCCGACUCCACGGCGGGUAAUAAUGGCCCGGCUACUGUUCCUGUUCCAGUGGCUAACGCUGCUACUGCUAAUGCGAAUAAUCCGGCAGCUCAGCAGGACGCUUUCUCCAGUGUCUCCUCGCUUCCAGACACUACAACGCCAGGCGUUCAGCCCGACCCCCUGGACCACCUGAGCAGUCUGAUGUCCAGCACAGGAUCGGCCCAGAGGUACCAGGAUUACGUGUCUCCUCGUUCCCUCUCGACAGACUCCAGCGCCACGGAGAGUCCAGUCCACGAGCAGGAUCAGUCCUUCGGUCAGAAUUGCUCGGCGGGUAACUACUUCCCGGCGCCGAGCGUCUUCCCGACGAUCCUCUACUCGCAGCUCUACAACAACCAGUUCCAAAGCACCGAAGCCCAGGAACAGCAGCAUCGAGCCCUCGCCGACGUCAGUUGCAGCGUCCGCGUCCAGGAGGAGGUCAGGCCUGAUAAUAACGUCUGGAGGCCAUACUGAGGCCUGGCACCGACUGACCUGGGCAUUAGCGGGGACGACAGCGCUCAAUUUCCAGACGACGAGUUCGACGAGGACAAGGCCUCGUGGAUUGGAAGACUCUACGAUCGAUGAGGCGACGAGGUGGUAAACGUGCGCGGUUUUCGGGAAUCCGGUACGUUUGGGUACUUCUGUCUUCAUUUUUGCUCUUCUUUUCUAUUUCAAACAUCGAUACUAUGCGUUCCUGUGAUUUUCUCGUUAUCGGUUUCGUUUGAAAAGAAAAAUUACGACUAUGCCAAACUUGUUUGGUUUCAUCGAUCGGCGCCAAGGUUCGAUUUUCAAAGUACCACGUUCGGGAUGACGAAGCUUGCGCGGGAGAUCGACUCGCGCAUUUCCGAGAGAGAAAGACUAAAUGAUGAUAUAAAGUGUUUGUGCAUCGACUUUAUGGUGAGUGAUGUAUACAUAAUUAUUACAUGAAAAAUGAUUUAUGAAAGUAGACGAAAGACACUUGUACAUAAUUGUAUAUAGCUAUUGGGUUGCAUAUAGGUAUACUGUGUGUAACGAUAGAGCGCAAUGUCACAUCCCGUCGAACCGAAUGAUUUUUUUUUCGACGAGAGGCGAAAAACGAAAUGGUGGGCUGAAAGUCAGUUUUGAAAAAUUAUUCUCGUUCGGUAGUUCGAAAUCACGCGAAAGGAUGAUAUUCGAGAAAAAUAAAACGUCGAAUAUUUUUUCAAAACGAGCUUGCAUUCGAGCGUAGCCAAAGCGUCGACGGCACGUCACAAGUUAUUACUUUAUAUCUCAUUAUGUUUUCAUAGUAUAUGUAAUUGCUUCCUAUUAUUGCAUAAUUAUAAAAGUGCAUACGUUGCUGUCGCGGGAAUCGUGCAAUACGACGAAUGUGAGGAGGAAAAAAAAUAAAUGAAAAAUCAAAAGACGACGAUAUGAUGAAUACUUUGUAAAUUCAAAGAAGCGAUAACCAAAAGAAUGUAUAGUCUGUAUAAGAUACGAAUAAUCAAAAGGAAAAAAGGUUAAGAUUAUAUAAGUGACGAAAUCAACGCAAAAAAGAAAUCAAAUUCAUUUUCUCUAGGUAAAUAUCAUAUAAAUAGCGAUGAGACGCCGCUCAGAGUUUUACAUCGAAAUUCAUUUGGUGCCAGGAGUAUUGAUGGAAUACACGGCGUACUUUGGUCGGUACAUGUAUACUACUCUAUUGUCCAAUUGGAUUCUUCCUAAGCUUGCGUUUCUUUUUUCUCAGCCUCGAGAGGCUGAGACGGUAAUGAACAAUGCGUAUACACAUACACACACACACGUCAUAUCGGUUGCCGAUUAUUUCCGAUAAAACAUAUCUACCGACUAUUGUUAUCGUAGUUUUUGACCGAAGUCGAAUAAAGUGUAUUUCAAAGUAAA